AUGUCGAUCACAUCCGGAAGAAGCCUGCAAUCGAAUAACCCGUAUCGACCCUUCCAGCCAACUUCAGGGGCGAAACCGGCGCUAUAUACUGGCAUUGGUCUUCACGAGGACAACGCAACGCCUGGUCCCUUCGACGCUCGACGAGCCGACACAAAGGUCGAGCACUGGCUGCUGCAAACUCCACUUAGCGACUCAGCGCUACUCCAUGCCGCGAUGAACCCAACCCCGCACAGAAGCAGAGAACAGCAUCACAGAAUACCUCGAGAAGUUGCUCUCGCAAAAGCAGAUUGGGAGGCUGCAGGGCUGCACUACGACCUCUGCGCACGCAAGUAUCCAGGCAUACCGACCUGGCCUCGCACCACUGGUUCUCGCCAAGCUUACGAAUGGACCGAGUCCCCAUCCGCGCUCCCCAGCAGUUUCCCGUCGCGUAUCAGCUUGGGGAGCUUCUACUCUGUACCACCCUCGAACCCCGGUACCGAGAAUAAUACGCAGCCAUCCGUACACGGUCUCCACGUGGCAGAGAAUCCCUCGCUACCAGCACCUCAACAAUCAUGUGCAGUGCAGUAUAACCCGCGCUAUCCCGGCCAGUAUCUGCCGCUCAAUCUGUCCUGCCGCUGCACGACGUGCCUCACGCUACGCCGUGAGCAUGCGGCGUGGAUGAGCACCGCUGGUCCGGGAGUGGAACGGUUACCUCCACUUGUCCCGGGCGUGAAUGAGGCACCUCCGUGGCAGACGUGGGGAAAUCCCAAUAUGGCCGAGAUUCUCGGCAAGGCGAAAGAGAAGCGGGAGCAGAGGGGAUGGUGA